AUGCUACCGUUUGUGUUCAACGCAGAUGACGACGGAAAGAGGGUCCAAAACGAGGAGGCUAACUAUGAUCCUAACGCCCAGCGACAACAGAUGGAGGAUUAUUACAAGCAAUACGAACAACAGAGGGUUGUCAAUGCGUAUCAAAGCUCUUCCGGGAGACCAGACCUGGCUGCUAUGCAAGCCCGUCUAGCAGAAACUGAGCAGGCGAUUCAGCGGCUGAAUCAGGAGAAAGAGCAGAACAUGUACCAACUUGCACCACCAGCCAUUCAACAUCAAGUGCUUCCUGAUUUCAAUAGACCUCCACCUGGAUUUCCACAUUUGGCUCUCCCACCACAAUCGGGAGAAAACCAGGGAUCAUCUCGGUCAAGUAACGAUAAAAAACGGUCUCGUUCGCCAUCUUGGGCUCGGGAAGCUCGCCGGUCUCGUUCUCGGAGUCGUGAACGUCGUGGUGGACGUAGUAGGAGUCGAUCUGGAUCGCGCCGUAAGAAUAGUCGAGAUCGAAGGGACGACCGCAGCAGUCGCCGAAGAAGAGAUCGAAGUCACUCGCGUAGCCGUUCUCCACCGUCUUCGGCCAAUGGUUCGCAUUAUCGUUCAUCGUCCCAUCGUCAUUCCAGAAGGCGAAGAUCCAGAAGCUCCAGUAGAGAUAGGGACUGGAACUCACGGCGCAGUAACACUUCGAACAACGACCGGUAUUCGGAAUGGAAUCCUGGGAAUCCAUCGAACAAACUUGCAAUCAUGAAUAUGCCUAAUGACGUUGAUAAUACAAAAAUUACACUAUCACUUGGGAAAUGCGGAUAUCUACCUCAAGAUGUACGCACCAUGACGAAAUUUGAUAAAAACUCCAAACAAAUUCGCACUUUUGCAUUUGUUGAGUUUUCGAAUCUAGAAACGGCAGAACAGUGGAUGGCUGAUUAUCAGGGUUGGUUAACACUGGACGAUGGCAGAACUUUGGCUGUAGAAUACGCGAAAGGCGAUCCAGCCGCUGGUGGUGGAAACAAAGGUGAUGAUUGGAUUUGUGCACAUUGUUCUAUGAACAAUUUUGUGAAACGUCAGACAUGUUUCAAAUGUGAAAUUUCAAAAGAACAGUCAAUGGAACUCGAGAAACUUGGUGCUCAUAUGGUUGGAAUGGCUCCCUGCGAUACUCUUCUUAUACGAGGACUACCCGAUGGAAUCACAAAUAGCCUGAUCUUUGAUAGUCUUGGAGCAUUAGUCUGCCUCAGCUCCAUUAGCAUGAUCAAGUUGUCCGAUUCGAAACGAUUUGCCUAUCUUCAAAUGAAAAGCACGGAGGAGGCAAAGAUGCUGCUAAAUCUGACAUACAAGUCACCAAUUCGGAUCAAAGAAAAAGAUGUUUCUUGGUGCCGGGAUUCGAUGUCAAAGCUAAUUCAACAACAAAUGACGAUGUUGACAGCAGGACCCGGGAAGAAUGCUGUAUACAAUGGGGUUGCUCAAGGAAAUAUGACAGGCGCUGAAAUCGCAGCAGCUGCCCUUUCGAAAGCCCAUGCAGUACGACAGGCUAGUCAUCAAGUUGGACAGAUUAUGACUGGAUUUCCUGCAACUGGUGCUGUAGUGAUCCCUCCGAACUUCAAUGUUCCUCCGCCGAAUAUGGCACAUCCACCUCCUGUACAGCCGUCACAGCCUGAACAUCAGAAUGGGGUCAUUGGAACAGUGCAAACUCCUAAAGGAUCGAUGCCCAAAUAUUUGCCUCCGAAUCCGUUGACUUUCGUUCAUGAUCCGAACGUUGGGUACUACGUGGAUCCAGUAACUAAGUUCUGUUACGACUCUUCGACUGGAUACUAUUUCAACAAUGCAACUGGCCAAUGGUGCACAUGGGAUCUCACCCUCCAAACGUACUUCCCUGUAGAAACUGCACCAGAAGCAGACUCAACAAAACCACAAGAAGAUCCUGCUAAACCUGUAGAGGAAGAAGCUCCUAAAACGGCACAGGAUCUCGCAAAAGAUAUGGCGAAAUGGGCGAAGAAACAGGAGAAGGAUAAGAAGAAAGUUCAGAUUUCUCUUAAAGGAAAAGAAUCAAAAGGACUAGAGAUCAAAAACGUUUUUGCGCAAGAGAAGCGUCGUAAGGUUGAGCAACCAUCAGCCUUUAACGACGACUUUGAGGAAGAAGAAGAAGAAGAGGUUCAGAGUCGUAAAUCAGAGGAAGCACCAUCGUCUUCUUCGUCCAACACUCCAUACGCUUUACGAAAGCCAAAUCUUCAAGAUGUUCGAGACGCAAUGGAAAGAGCCCUCUAUGAUGAAGCGAAGAAGACGUGUCUGCUGUGUAAACGAGCUUUCUCUGAUGUGGAAGUUCUCAGAAAGCAUGUUGAAAAAAGUGAUCUACAUCGAGUUAAUCUUGAAGCAAAACGGGCAGAAUGGGGACGUGAAACUGCUGCAAAGUUGGAACAGGAGGAAGGUGCUCCUGCACUGGAUCUACCGAAAAUUGUGUAUCGGGACAGAGCAAAAGAAAGACGUCGUCAAUUCGGAGUGGAUUCUACUGGAUAUGCGUUCGAUGUGAUGGGUGGUCAGCCUGGAUCUUCAACCGGGAAAAAUGAAGAAGCUAUUCGUCGAGAAAGUGAAGAGGCCUCAAAGCGUCCUCUUGAUGAUACUAACAUAGGAAAUCGCUUGUUGAAAAGUAUGGGAUGGAAAGAAGGACAAGGGGUUGGAAAGCAUGGGCAAGGAAUAGUCAAUCCGAUACAAGCAGAAAGAUUUGUUCAAGGAGCUGGACUGGGCGCUGCCGGGUCCAAAAUGAAACAUGGUGCCGAAGCUAGCCAUAAAGAAAAAACGAGACAAGCUCUUUAUAGCCGAUAUCACGAUGCCUGA